AUGCCGCUACCUAACCUAGAUUCUUUGAAAAACAUCGCCGUCGGAAAAGAUAACGCAAAUAAACAACAAAUUGUGCAUAUUUUGAAGGGAAUUACGGAUCAGGAAGUCCCACCAAAGCAAAAACAUAUUCGUGGAAUUAUUUUAGCUACAUUUAGUGGAAAGUCUUCGUCGUUUUUUUAUGAGACUGCACUUAAACUCGCCAUAUACACCAAUCCUGUAGUCUGCUGGAAGUUUCUAUAUGUUAUCCAUAAAUUGUUCCGAGAUGGGCAUCGUGAGUGCGUAAGUGACGGACUACGUCACGCAACCAGAGUUUCCCAGUUGCAGUCUGCCUGGAGUAAUCACGCGACAAAGUGUGGAUAUCCGAUCGUAGACUUUUGUCAACUGAUAACCCGUAAAAUCAGCCUACACAGAAAAUAUGGAGUAUUACCUGGAAGUCUGGAGCUAACUCCCAGUGAGCUGAAGAGUUGUCUUUCUGCACAAGUAGACCACUUAUUUCAAUUUAGUGUCGAUCUCAUGGAUAUGCUGGAAGAAACAUUGCGCUUCAAAGAUGUUGUGCUCCUUUCUUUGGAGGGUAUUCAAGCCGCUUCAUUCACUCCCUCUGGUCAAUGUAAACUUAUUCCACUCAUUCAAUGUAUUCAAGAUGCUGCAGCACUCUAUGAACUAAGCGUACAAGUCAUCUUUAAGUUACACGAGUUAUUAGGCAAUGGAACAAUGUCCGGUCACAGAGAACGCUUCAGAGAUCUCCAUAUUUCUGUCAAGAAAUUUUUUGAAAAUGUAUCCCACAUGCAAUAUUUCCGUUCAUUUGUUCACAUACCUUCAAUAUCCCAGAAUCCGCCGAAUUUUUGUGUUCAGUCAGAACUGAGUGAACAUACUACACUUAGAGUUACGAUGAAUGAAUCACAAUCAUUAUCUCCACCACUGCCACCAUCUUCACUGUUAUCGACGGCAGUACUAGUGGAUGAACGGAACAGUCCACAUUCAGGUGACGAAGAAGAUUCUUGUGAAUUAACCAUUGUACCUAAAGUUAUGUCACAAAUUCGUCCAACUAAAUUAUCAACUGAAAAACAGACACUAAUUAAAUUAGGUUCUGAAAAUACGGAUGUAAAUGAGAAGACGGUUAUGUUGUCAAAAGAAGUGAAAAUGGAUCCAAGUGUCAAUGAUAAACAUCACCAUAUUAAUAAUAAUAAUAGUAAUACUAUUGAUAAUAAUAAUUUGAAAAUGAAUUGGAACCCAUUUUUGGAUAAUUCAAUUCAAACAAAUAACCAUGCACUGUCACCUUAUCAUACUCAUGUAACGGAUGAAAAACAUGAAGUACUCAUUGAAGUGGAGUUGUUGAAGUCUGAAAUAGAAAGAUUAAAAGCAGAACAUCAUGAACAAUCUUAUUCGCUUUUGAAUCGUAUACGAAUAUUAGAAGAUGAAAUCAAAGAACUUGUACAAUAUAAGUCUAAUCAUGAAGAGCAACAAGUGAACUAUGAGACGAAAUUAACUGAAAAAGUUUGUCAAGCUCAAAUGUUUGAAGAGAAAUUUCUAAAAUUAAAAGAAGUCUAUACUAAACUACGUGAAGAACACGUUGUUCUGUUAAAAAAUUAUGGCAAUGUUCAACAAAACUUACAACAAGAAACUCAAAAGAAUCAAGAUUUAGUAAAAACAAUUGAAGAUCUCCGUCACCACCAAAUGUCCUCAUCACUAGGUGAAGUUGAAUCGCUUGUUUCUGGAAAUCGAACUGAAGAAUCGGUCGAUCAAUGUUUAAAACUACAGUAUCAAUUGAAUGCCUAUGAAUCAAAAUCGGAAUCUGUAAAUACUGAGAAAGAUCAACUUACUGUAGAGCUUUCAGAAAGUCAACAAUUAUUAAAGGAUUCUGAAAUGAAAAUUUCCAAAUUAACUAAUGAAUUGCAAGUUUUAAAUGAUCAACUUAACCAGGAGAAGUUAUUUGCAGUCAGGGGAAAUGAUACAUGCAACGGAAAUACUUUCACACAUAUUGUUGGUGAUGAUAAAGAUUGUAAGAAUGGCGAAUUAACAAUGCAUUUAGAUAAAUUUAAACAAACGCUUUUAACAAAUACCGUUGAGCAGGUAUUAUCUGUAUUACAAAGUAAUCAAACUAUUGGACAAUCACCUGAAUUUAUAGAAGUGUACAUACAUUGUUCUCCAACGUACUUUUUAAAUCAUUUAUCACAAGUUACUAACUAUUUUAAUUUAUUUGAAUCUGCAUUAACUGACUACUUGUCUGAUAAUGAAAAAGGAUUGAUUCAAACUUCAUAUUAUAUUGGUCAGCUAAACUCUCAGUUAUCAUUACUAUCUCUCUUAUCUAAAUCGAUACGUCAAUCAAAUGGUACAAGUGAUUCUUCAUACAACUGUUUACAUAAUUUAGACUUAAUUCAAAGUGAAUUUACGGAAUUACUUAAUGUUCUGCUACAAAUCAACAGUAUUAAUCAGGAUCAUAUAAAUUAUAACAACGAUAAACACAAUUAUUUCAAUCAAAUCAAAGAGCAUUUAUCUAAGAUUCAUAAUCAGUUAAAAUCUAUGUCUAUUGAAGUAACAAAUUUAUCGAACUCUCUGUCGAAUGAUUACAAUAAUGAUGACAUUAUGUCGUCGACUGAUGUGAUACAGAAAGAAAUGGAAACCACUUUUCAGGCUAUCACAGCUGCAGAACAGAAAUUCCAGGGAUUAAUUGAGGAAUCUAAAAAAAAUUCAAUCAACAAUGAAAAUCUUCAAGUGAAUUCACUUAUAUUAGAUUGUUGUUCUGAAUUGUUACUUUGUGUUGGUGAUCUAGUGAAACAAUCUAAACUGAUUCAACAAGAGUUUGAAAAUUCGCCAACGUCCGUUGAGUUUUAUAAACCUUAUAAUCGUUGGACCAAGGGUCUUUUAUCGGCUGCUAAAUUUGUCGGUGCUAGUGCUAAUGUCAUGGUUGAAAUAGCUGAUUCCAUAGUUUGUGGAAAAGAUGUAAAAUUAGAACGCUUAAUUGUAAUUUCACAAGAGAUAGCUGCUAGUACAACUCAAUUGGUUUAUGCUACUCGUGUAAAAACUACUUCACAAUCUGAAAUGUUCAAUAAAUUACAGUUAACUAGUAAAGAAAUAUGCAAGUGUACUGGAAAUUUGAUUGCAUGUGUAAAAAAGGCAAUUGAAGCAAAACAUAUAGAAGAACUUGAUUUUAGUAGCCUUACACUAACUCAAGCAAAACGUAUGGAAGUUGAAUUACAAGUGAAAAUUAUUGAAUUAGAAACAUCGUUAACAAAUGAACGACAACGUUUAGCUAAAUUAAGAAGAGAUAAUUAUCAGUUAUCAGCUGAAGUAGAGUUGAUCAAUGAGAGAUAA